ACUAUCAGAGUAUCCAUCUCUCUCGCCCAAGUUUCUCUUCGAAAAAGAUACUACUAAAAUCUGCAAUCAUGAGCUCUGCAGCCACAUCAACCAAGGGAGGCAGGGGCAAGGUAACUUCCAAAGCCGUUUCUAGGUCCAGUAAAGCUGGUCUCCAGUUCCCCGUCGGCCGCAUCGCUCGUUUCCUCAAGAAAGGACGCUACGCCGAGCGCGUUGGAUCUGGCUCCCCCGUUUACCUUUCCGCUGUUCUCGAAUAUCUCACCGCUGAGGUUUUGGAAUUGGCUGGAAAUGCUGCGAGAGAUAACAAGAAGAACAGAAUUAUUCCAAGGCAUAUUCAAUUGGCAGUGAGGAAUGAUGAAGAACUGAGCAGGCUGAUGGGAGGUGUGACGAUUGCAAAUGGAGGGGUUUUGCCUAAUAUCAACCAGACUCUACUGCCAAAGAAGGUCGGGAAAGGAAAGGGCGAGAUCGGUUCUAUUUCUCAGGAAUUUUAGGGAUUUUUUUAAGCUGCGCAGAUAGCAUGUAUUGGAACUUGAGUUUUUCACUUGCUAAUGUAUUUCAGAGUAGAGAAAAUUUAGAAUUGAA